GCGUCUAUGUGACACAGAUUUUAAUGGACAAAAGAACAAGGAAAUGGAAACGCAAGACACAUUUAGCUGGUUUGACCAUAUUUCUGACGAUAUAUUGCUACAUAUUUUAUGUGCUGUUCCAAGGAAUGAUUGGAAGAAUGUCAUUAAAGUAUGCGUUAGAUUCAGGAAUGUAUGUCACGACAAGGAUCUGUUUAGGUAUUCAGAUUUAGCCUGUGCCUAUGGAAUGUCAGAUAGAGAGCUGGAGGACUAUAUCCGUGCUGGCAAUAGAUACAUUGAGAGACUGAAUUUGAACCACUGUUACUGGCUCUCAUCAUCUACACUAUCUGCAUUCAUACCUAGAUGCAAGAAAAUUCAAGAGCUUUUUCUUCUGGAUUGUAAACUCACUUCUAAAGCCCUAACCAAAAUCAUAUGCUCAAUAGAGUGCCUCAAGUCAAUUGUGUUCUCUGUUUAUAACUUAAUAGAAUUUUCAAAUAUAAUCAAUGGAAAUCAGGAGGUCCAGUCCUCUUUGAAGCAUUUAAAACACUUUGGGUUACAUAUACGAGAGGAGUUGAAUGGAAACAAACAGAAUUCAUUACAGUUCCAUCUAAGUCAGCAAACUACUGUGAUAGAAUACUGUCCUGAUCUAGAAUCAUUCUGUGUCAUAGGAACUCCAGGACUAAGUCAGAAGUUAUCAAAAAGGCUGGUUCAUUCACUGAUUGUCAAAAGAGAGCAUUUAAAAAGUUUAAAAACAAUGUCAAUCAACUGUACAAAUGAUGCCACUUCAAGACUUUAUUUUUUCGGAAUUCUAGUCAAAGCAUUUGAUGAGCCAGGUAUUCACUUUACAAACUUAUCAGUGUCAGGAUUGGAUUUAAAACAAGCAGUUAAACGUUCAUACUUUAUUCGUUCUCUCAAAGAGUCAUGCCCGACAUUACAGAAUCUUGAUUUGUCUAAGGUGCUGAUUGACGAGCUAGAGGCGUCCAUUACUAUAGAAGAUGCUCCGUGCUUGAAACACUUGAACCUGGCUGAUAUCAGGUCAGAGAGUCGGUGCCUUGGGCUCCUCAUCAGUGCCAGCAAUUGUUCAAACCUAGUCAGUCUUAAUCUAAAAGGUGCUACAUCUGGCUGCAGGUAUUGGCAAAAGGAAGAGUUGGAGGGCCUUGACCUCGUUUUGAAAAACUGUGUCCAUCUACAACAUCUCAAUAUCUCCGGUGUACAUGUACAUGAAAAUGAGUCGGACAAGACUUUAGUGGAUAUACUUACCCAGCAUGAUAUCUCAGCCUUCAAAAGUCUUGCUCUGUCAGUAUGUUGUUUGGUAAACACAAAAGAAAAAGGGAAGUCCACAAAAGGGUUCAUCAGUAAAGGACUGGGAAAGAGACAGAGGAUUGCUAGACAGCCUCAACCAUCUACAUCUACAUCUGAGGGUCCUGAUAGUAAUGCUCCCACUUCUACAGAGUUAUCCCGCCUUUGCAAAGCUUGUCCAAGAGUUACUUCCCUUGAGCUGAUAAAUACUGGCUUCAAUCAAAGUGUUAUACACUCUAGUCAUAAGUCUGUGUAUGACCCUUGUAAAAUUUCCCAUAUGUUAAGGGAAAAUGACCUUAGUGGAAUAUCUUAUCUAACAAAUCUGCGAUACCUUCAGUUGACAGGGCUACCAGGUAUCUCAAAUGGUAAAUUCUUAAAAGAGAUUGCCACCAAAUGUGUUCAGCUAGACACCCUAUGGCUGGCCUACAUCGGUCUCGGACCUCAGAUUCCUGGGAUUUGGGACUCUCUCAAGUUCUUCAAAAAUUUAUUAGAUCUCAGAAUAGAACAGCCUUGGAUGAAAUUAGAUGACAGUUUUUAUCAGUCAUGUCUGGGCUGUGAACAGCUACAACGCCUUGUCAUCGUGUCCAAGAACUCAAGAUUUGAACCAAAACCAUUAGAAAAUUUCCUUACAAAGGCAACCAAUGUUUAUGUAAUACAGUUAUUUACGGACACCACUUUAAAAGAUUGUGACCGUUAUCAAGCAGUUUUACAAAAGAGGUUUGAGAGUCAGCGACCAGGAUUUCAUGCAGUAUUAGAGCACCUGCACCAUGAGCGAGUGCCAGCCGUGCUUGCAGCCUUGCCUCUAGUCCAUCUAGAUGAGAUCACACAACUGUCUUCCAUAGUCUGCUCAAAACCAUUACUCUCCCUCUGGGGAGAUUGAAAAUAGUGCUCAUCACUAGACACUCCUGUGUAGGAGGCUAAAAAAUGUUUCUGUCAAAAUGAAACUGUUCAUCUCCCACUUGAAUGAUAAUGAAUAUCUUAAGAGAGACAAACUAUUCAGUGACUAUCCUUAGAGACAAACUACUCUUCAACUUUGGAGGUUAGAAUAUUCCUGUAUGAACAGUGUGAAUACUCUCCAUUUUUAAAGGCAGGAAUAUCUGUCUGGAGCAACCAUAUACUCUUCAAAUUUGGCAGCUAAAAUAAUCUAUUUAACCGUGUAGGGAGAUCAUUUACACUCAUUUCUUGAUGAUUUUAAAGGGCAUUUUGUUUGCGUUAAAAACCAAGCUGUAUUGAUAUGAAAGCAUGUUAAACAUUUUUCAAAGGAUUUGUUCCCGGUCAGACUUGAAUGAUAGAUUGCUAGAUAUAUAAUUUCACUACUAGGGACAUGUCCUCAUUUCUGUACUGGUUUACCAUUGUUAAAGAAAACACUUGACUUUUUAGAGUGUAUAACUAAACCAUGUUAUAUUGAACAUUUUUUUUUUUUUUUAAUUUUAGGACUAUAAUGGUCUGACUGUCAACCCAGGGGUCAUGGGUUGGAGCCCUGCUUUGGUCACAACCAUGUUUCUUUAUAUGACACCAACACUGUACUGUCAGGCAUUUUUUUCUUCUAAUUAUCAGGCAUUACAUAUGUAUGCAAAGGUGAGAGUUCAGAAAAUUUAAAUUUCCUGCAUUAUUAGAGAUGUUGCAUUUUUUUUGUGAACAAAAUUUUGCAGAUUUUUUAACUGUUUAGGAAGAAGUUGAUAUUUGAUUAAAGAAGCAUUGGGACAUGUUCCUGCUUUGCAUGAGUCAGCAUGAGUGUUGUUUAUCCCAUGAAAGUUCCAUGGAGAAAUAUAGAAUAUCAACAGGAGUUGUCUGCUCUAGUUAAUGCUGUUUAUGAUAUUUUCAAACCUUGUUGGAUACACACAUGGUAUGCCUAGCAGAUACUGAGAUAGUGUUUGUGUGCAAGGUAAAGCAAAAUCAAGCUACUGUGUACAUCUUAAAUGACAAUCAUUGUAUUUUAUUGUUUCGUUACUUUCUUGUUGUUAUUUUUUUUUUAUUUUAUUUUUUUUUACCCACAGUAAUAUAGCUUAAAAGUGUUAUUGUUAAAUUUAGGAUAUUACAAUUUAAGUUUAGACUUCGUGAAUUCUGUUAUUACUUGACAGAUGACAUAUUUCCAUUUUUCAGAAAUCAGAAAUAUUUAUUUGCUGUGGGAAAACAUUUCUUACAAGCCUGUACCUUCUUACUAAUUAGGUUAAGGGCCACAGCUCUGAUUUCCCUUUUGACCUUUAUUAUUUGUUGAAGGUUUAUUUUGGUUUAUUUUGUAUUGAAAAUACAUCUUCUACAAAAUAAAUUGAAGUUUUAGUAAGGGUUAUUAUGAAAAUGCUUUUGUAAGCUUCAAAACUGCUAUCACCUGUACACAUGUACCUGAUGGAUUAAGAUAGGGUAAUUAAUAUAUCUGUUGUAAAAAAUAAGAUCUUGAAUAUAUUAUUUUUAAUGUUUUAACAGUAGAGCAGUUGCCUUGAAUGUUAUGAUAUUAUUAUUCUUUUCAAUUGAAACAAAUCAUGUUUUGUUGAUGUACAAAUUGUGUUCAUUUAACCCUUAUCCUGCUGAAUAUUUGUAAGGGAUUUGUCCAGCUUUAAAUUAAGAACAACAUGUAUGAAAUAAAAGGAAUUUCAAUAUCAAAUACAAAAAUACAGUUUAGAUAUCAGAAUACAAAAAUGGAGCUAUGGUCAGUUUAUUGUCUGAUCAGAUGUGUAGUCUGACCUGGCUCUUUACUGGUUACAAAGGCCAAUCACUUUCAGUUUUAGAUGGUUAUGGGUUAAGAAAUAUGAAAAAUAGUUUUGAUAUUUUUAGAAUCAUAAAAUGUCCUUAGGCUUGUGACAAAACAUUUAUUAUUUUUUUCAACUUCUUUCAUUUGUUAUAACCAUGAUCAAAACCUGCAUACCUUGAUAUUUCCAUUAGUAUAGAGAAACCAAAUGAUUGUUAAAAGUAAGUGGAUACAUCAUUUUGAAGCAAUACUAUAUUAUAUACAUAGUAUAAAUAAAAGUUACAAAGUUGGGGAAAACAGUUACACAAUGUGGUAAAAAUUCAAUGUGAGUGAGAAGGAGUGGUUAAGAUCAGUGGGAGUGGUUAAGAUCAGUGGAAGUGGUGUGGGAGUGGAAGAUAAGUGAGAGUGGUUUAGGUUAGUAGGAGUGGCUUAGACCAAUGAGAGUGAAGUGGGAGUGGUUUAGACCAGUGAGAGUGGAGUGGGAGUGGCUUUGACCAGUGAGAGUGGAGUGGGAGUGGUUAAGUCUCUGCGAGAGUGAGUAAUGUCAUUGAGAAUGUAAGGUUAGUGGGUAAGGUUGCCGACUUUUGAAGUUUAUAUCUUCAUAGGGAAUAUAACUGUCUGAUGGUUCAACUAAGGUGCACAUGCAUGUUAAUUUUUUCUUGAAUAAGUAAAGCUGAAAAGUCACUUAUGACCUCAACUCGACAAUGCACAUGAGCAUACAUAGCAACAGUAUUUUUUUUGUAAUUUAGCAGUUUUCAUGUAAAAGCUCAACUAAAAUUACGGACAACUUGCAAGAAGACUAACAAAUAUACAAGCUAAGUCUUUCUUCAUUGAAACCAGUUAUAGAAAUUACAUUUGUACAUGUAAUAUGCGUUAUUUUUCAUUUAAUUGCUUGUGAAAUAAAAUUUCCUGACCAAGU